AGAAGUGUAGUUAUAGUGUUAGAAAUUUCUAUAAAAUUUAAUUAUUUUUUUCAGACAGUUUAAGCAUUCUUUUCUAGUAUUUUGACAAAGAUAUGGUACCGUCGCAGGAUACAAAAAGUAAAACAUAAAUACAAAUAUUACAAAAUGGAAACGUCACUUGGUUCCUGUGUUGUGAUAAUGUGAAUAAUGUUUUUCGAUUAAACAAUGGCCAGUUAAAACAUUCCUACGGCGAUAUAAUACUGCGGAUAUUUUUAAUUAGUCAAACGUGAUGUUUGUGUACGUACUGAAUGAGAUUUCAAUAUGAAUUGGUUCGACACGUCUGGUCUGACGAGUCUGGCGAAGACGGCGCUGAAAGAGGCCCAGAAGACUCUGGACAAGGCCCUGGACAUCCAGGACGAGAGCGGCGAGGAGGAGGAAGCGGGGGUGUCCACUUCUCAGAUAAAUCGUCGUGAAGGUGAAAGUGAAUCGACCCCAAAAGACAACUCUGAUUUCUUUGCUUCAUGGGGCCUCACAGUUAGCGCAGAAGGCCCCCAGGAUGUCAACGAGCAGACCGUAGUCACUGAGAGCCCUUCCAAAGGCUCUCAAAGCCUCUGGGGAUCGUUUGCAGGCUCCUUCUUUGAACAUCAAAAGAAUUCUGAAACGGAUACAGCAAUUGUUCAGCCUCCAAAAGCUAAGUCUAUGAAUGUAAUUAAUGACUCGAAUUAUGGCAGUGCUUCUGAUUUGUUCUCAAAAAGCCAGCUUGUUAUGUCAGAUGAUACCGAGUUUGAUGUUAAAAAAGUGAAAGAUGAAGUCAAGGCAGAUGAGAGACGUAAUUCGUCCCGUUCAAAUAGAUUGUCACUGGUGUCUAGUAGAAAUAGUUCUGAUUCUGUUGAGGUGUUGUCACAGAGUUUGAAGACUACUCCAGAUUCUGAAGCUGCAUCCGUUCACUCAAUAUCUCACAGUAGUAGUGUUGGUCAGAAACUUAACUCUGAUUCGGUGGAAAUUUUACCAGACAGCCUUGUGAGCCCCAGCUCUAUUGAAUGUCUAGGCUUUGAUAGUUACUCCAGUGAUAAAAAUAGUAGCACAUCUUCAAAUCUCUCACCUGGUGAGUUGAGUGAUAAGAAAUCCACACCUAUAGACAGGACAGAGAAAGCAGAGACUGCGGAUAGUGUCAGUUUGGUAGCUGAUGAUGAUGAAGACACCAUGUCAUAUAAUUCUAUCUCUGAAUGCACAGCACCUACUGUUUUAGAUACCGAUGAUAAGCCUGUAAGUCCAUUUCCAAAGAGAGAAGGCAAAAAGUUGCUAGAGAAAGAAUUUAUACAUUUAGAUCCUCCUUUGCUACCACAGAAAAUGCAGAUCAGUGAGAACUCUUCUAAUGAUGGGUCCUGGUCUGACCGGACCUUGAAUGCCGAUAAUGACAGUAUGAUACUAGACGUCAAUGUUGACGAGCCAAAGAAAGAGACUGAACCUGAAGAUGUGCUAAGUGAGAAAUUGAGUGAUUCAUCCUCAUUUUACAAUGUUAAUGUUUCUGGAGAAAUGAUCAGGUCUGAAAGCUCGGCUUUUGUUAAUGUUGAGAAGCAGCAAUGUAGCCGGUCAGACAAAUCUGAGUCUCAAAAAGGUAGCGUCAAAGAGCGAACAUCACCAACCAGCUCCGACAGCAAAAGUGACUUAGUCAAGAUCGGUUCUGAUCGUACAUCUGGCCAUACGUCAGGCGACGAGCUUGAAACUACAACAUCAUCCGACAUUGAGAUUAUUCCAAGUCCAAACGGUGACAAUCAUGGUUUCAGGAACAGCCCAGCAAAAUACAACUAAAAAUUUGAUGGUACAACCUCACCAAACUUGGUUGAUUUAGUAUUAGGAAAAUCUUUAGCGACUAAAAUUCGUGGACACAACAGGGAAUUAUCCGAAGCAUCAGUCCAGAGUAAUACAAGUGAUGAUAGUAGUACAGAGAAUGACCGGUUGAUGAGACGGUUAUGUGAAAUGGCAGAGAUACUGGAAGCGAGGGAGAACCGACUGAUGGAAGUGAGUCGAAGUAACGCUGAGCUGGCGGAGAGUAAUGCGGACUUGAAGACUCAGGUGGAAAGUUUGCUGGCAAAGCAUGGGGCGCAUGAGGGAGGGGAUAUUAGUACGAUCACAGAAGAUUAUACACAAAGGAUGUCUGCAUUGGAGAAGAAGUUUCAACAGGCCAUAAGGGAAAAGGACCAACUACGAAAGCAACUCGACAGCAUCAAAUCCGACUCGUCCCGCAAAAACUCCUCUGAGCUGGAAAGCAGUUUGAAAGAAAGAGACGAAGUUAUAGCGCAGAUGCAGGAGGAAGGAGAGAAGCUAGCUCGUCAGCAGUUGCAGCAUUCGAAUAUUAUCAAGAAGUUGAGAGCGAAGGAGAAGGAUAAUGAGCAAGUUAUUAAAGGACUGAGGGAUAAAAUAGCCGAACAGACUUCGGAGCUAGACCGGCUAAAGAGGUCCAUCGCAGCCAAGGAAGAGUUGGAGGUGUCACAGAUAGAGGCGGUGUACCGGCUCACCACGGCGAAUAAGAAACUUGAAGUGGAACUCGCUGAGACAAAAAGCGCCCUAGACGACGCAACCCAACGCCUCACCACAACCCGAGCGUCGCUCGAGGCAGCGAAACGCGAGCUAACCGACGUAGAAACGGAACGAGUGGAGCUGCGGGCCCGCUGCGGCGCCGCCACGCGCGCGCAGCGUGAUGCUGAGCAAGAACGCGCGCAGGCCGAGACAUUGCAACAACAACUGGCUAGUUUAAGAGCCGAGAUGGUGCAAGAGGAGCGUCGCUGGGUGUCCCGCGAGCGAGCCCUGCGCGGUGAGCUGUGCGAGGCCCGCGAGCUGUGCGCGGCGCUCGAGGCGCGCGCCGGCGCCGCGGCCGGCGGGGAGGGCGCCGCGGCGCUGCUGGCGCAGCUGGCCGCGCUGCAGCGCUCGGCGCUGGAGAGGGACCAGGCGCACGUCAAUACUGUCCGGGGACUCAAGCAACAAGUCGCCGAAGCCGAAACCUCUCUAGCCAAAGCCGUGGAACGCGAGCGCCUCUCCCGCGACGAACUUGAAGAAUUAACCCGGCGACUGGCCGCUUCUGAAGGCUUGCUGGACGACGCACAGAGCCGGCUAGACACUGUGACCCGACAGUGUCGAGAGCUAGUCGCUAGGGUGGAUUCACUUGAGGAUGAGCUUGCUAGUAAAUCCAGAGAACUGACGCGAGUAAAAGAAGAGACAAACAAACAGUUAGCGGAGUUGCGGCAACAACUCGCCGGCGCCGAAACUGCACUGACCGCUGCUCAAGAUGCUUUGGAUACGGAGAAAAAACGAAAUGCUAUUCUACAGGAGCAAGUUUCGUGCCGCGGCGACAUUAGCCCGCCACAUUCCGUAGCGUCUGAUACCCUAUCCUCUUCGCUAUGGGCGUCGGAAGACACAGGGCGCGCUACACCCACCGGCGCUAAUGUGGUGACAUCAGCGGCCGGCGUUGACGAGAUACUCUCACAACUACAACGAAGAGACGGCGAACUGAGAGCUGCUCAAGCGAGGGCGCAGCAACUCAGCGCUGAACGAAACACGCUGAGAGACCAUGUGGCUUCGCUCAGAGCGAGACUGGAUGACUAUCAGAGUGUCCAAGAGCAAUACGACGCCCUACUCCAAAUGUACGGCGAAAAAGAGGAACAGCUAGAAGAACUUCGCCUGGACUUACAAGACGUCACGCAACUAUACAAGGCGCAGCUAGACGAACUAGUCGCGUUGAAACGCAGGUAGCCAGCGGCCGGCCCGUCUGAACCCUGAACUGAGCAUAACAAGUAUAUUUCCCAUUCUAUUUUAAAAAAAAAUUGACAGGUUUCAAAAUUAAUGACGUCAAAACUUAUGUCCCAAUUUAGGGCAUUUAUAGAUUUUCGAUUAUAAGAAGCCAAAUUUUCGAAUUGCGAACGGAAUUCUGUGAUUCUAAAAGUUUCAGGACUACUUUACCUUUUGUAGUAAUUCCAUUAUAGAAAUUUACUAUUUAUCAUACUUUACAGUUGAAGGGAAUCAUCACAUAAAAAU